AUGUCCCUCACACCAGCCAUGAAGGCCGCCUUGCGCAAGAUGACGCCUGAUCAAAUCGCUGCUGCCCUUCAGGACGCGGGUCAGCCUCGUUCAACCUUGAAGAAAGAGCGUACCGCGCAUGGCAAAAUCCAGAAGAAAGACCUUGUCCUUGUCGCGGCGGUUACCAAGGCUAUACGACCCCUCAACUCCUGGAUUGCAUAUCGGAGCUAUUAUUCUACAAUAUUCUUGAGCUUUCAGCAGAAAGAAAUCUCCGGGUUCCUAACUAUCUUGUGGCAGAACGAUCCUUUCAAGGCGAAGUGGAGCAUCCUUGCGAAGUCAUACUCAGUGAUCCGCGACAGCCAAGGCAAAGCCAAUGCACCCUUGGAACAGUUUCUCGCAAUCAACGGUCCGCUCAUCGGAGUCAUCGAGCCCACACAAUAUCUCGAGGCUCUAAGCUGGGAGGUCGCUGUCGAUGAAGAUGGACAGACAGUAAUGCGUCGCAAUGGGAAUUCAAUCGACGAGCAGCUGUUCACCUCUAACGUAUCUGUCAACGACGUGAUUCGCAACAGCUAUGAUGAAGGAUACUUCACUGGCGACCUCUCAAAGGUCCUUCUGGCGAAUAACGAGGCAGCCAUGACUAUGGCAGUCUCGGUGCAGCCGACUAGCAACGCUCACCAGUCGACUACCGGUCACCUUGAGAGUCACGACGCUGACUUUGCGGCCACCGAAAACUUCAAUGGCUCCAGCAAAGAGAAAAAACAAGUCCCUACAACAGUAGUCAUUGACGACGAUGGGAGUAACUCUGCUAUGGCGACCACUGCCAACGAAGCUGGCCCUGAGGAGUCCAUGGCGGAAGACAAUGAUGACAUCCCAGGAGACUCGACUGCUUUGGCAACCGAGAAUGCGCUGCCAACUGGAGAAACCUCAGCUGUCAUGACAGCCACUGUGACAAGUCCAGUUUUUGACCCCCACAAUCUCGGUCCUGGCUCGUUCCUGAAUAUCGAUGCCGGCAUGACAGAAAUCCAGAGCCACAAAAAUGCCUCUGCCAACGACCCGGAUGUCUCAAGCUUGUCGGCUUCUGCGUUUCACUUGGAUGGGGAGUACCCCUUCAACACGGAAUUCGAUCCUGACUUUUCUGGAGCCACCUUCAACCCUUUCAUGGGCAAUCAAUUCAACGUCUUUGAUAUGAGCGAUGCCUCCUGGGAUGAUUUCAUCGACUUCGACGCCUCGGCUUGA